GCCAAGCUUGAGCUAAGAGCUUGGCUUGUGGUAUUGACAAACAAUUACCAAUCCAAAAUGUUUUGGGCAGUGGUGCUCCUCCUUCUCACAGCUCUCAUUUUCAAGCAAUGGCUCUCCAGCAAAUCACUAAAUCUCCCGCCAGGUCCCAGAGGAUUACCACUCAUCGGCCACUUCCAUCUCCUGGGCAGGCUCCCACACAUCUCACUCCAGCAGCUCUCCAAGAAGUUUGGACCCCUCCUUCACUUACGCCUGGGAUCCGUCCCCUUGGUUGUAGUUUCCAGUCCAGCCAUGGCCAAAGCAUUUCUCAAGACCCACGACACGGAAUUCGCCUACAGGCCUCGCAACAACGUGGUUUCCAUAGUCACGGAUUACAAAACCAUAACUUUCGCUCAUGGAGACUACUGGAAGAAGCUGAGAAAGCUUUGCACCACUGAGCUCUUCACGGCCACGAGGGUCAGUAUGAACACGCAGAUCAUCCGGGACGAGCUGUGGGAGCUCAGUCGCGAGCUCUUGAGAGCUUCUGAGGCUGGCCAGGUUGUGGGAGUGAGAUCACACUUGAAGGUUCUGAACUUCAACAUCAUGACUCGCAUCCUUAUGAAGAAGAGCUACUUUGGAGCCAAGGCCUCGGGGGAUCCUGCCAUUGCCAAGGAGGCAUUGGAUUUCAUGGAUAUGAUUGAUGAGAUCCUCGAGGUGGGAGCGUCAUUCUCGAUCACUGACUAUUUCCCCUACUUGAGCUGGCUCGACUUGGUUGCUGGCCGUGCAAGGGUGGCUGGGCAUAAGAUGAAUGGUUUCUUGCAGAAGGUUUUAGACGAGCAGCGUCCCGGUGAGGUUCCUGAUUUCGUGGAGAUCACAAGGUCUUGCCUUGGAAACAAUGCGUUCAAUCUCAAAGCUUUGCUCUUGGAUCUACUUGUUGCUGGAUCUGAAACAUCAUCCACAGUGAGCGAGUGGGCUCUGGCAGAACUUCUUCACCACCCAGAUUGGAUUGUCAAAGCUCAACAAGAGAUCGAGAGUGUUGUGGGACGCAAACGCAUGGUCGAAGAGGCAGACAUAUCCAAGCUUGAGGUCGUAAAUGCCAUCAUCAAGGAAACAUUUCGUCUCCACCCUCCUCUUUCUUUGCUCUUACCACAUGCAUCAAUUGCAGCCCACAAGGUUGCUGGCUAUGACAUCCCCAAGAACACAAUGCUACUUGUGAAUGUCUAUGCGAUUGGAAGAGACCCCCAAGUUUGGAGUGAUCCUCUGGAGUUCCAGCCCCAGAGAUUCAUUGGCAGCAACAUGGGUGUCCACGGCCAAGACUUUGAGUUGCUUCCAUUUGGAUCUGGAAAGAGGUCUUGCCUGGGACUUCCUCUGGGUCUCAGGACCGUCCAACUUGUUCUUUCCAAUCUUCUUCAUGGUUUCGAGUGGGAUUUCUCAAGCAGUGAAAAAGAUCAGCCCAUGGGUGAAGUUAUGGGUUUUGUAAACUUCAUGGCACACGCUCUCAAAGCCAGGAUCAGGCCCAGACUCGAUGAAGAUGCUUACAGCACGCUCAAGUUGACUUUGAAAUAACAGUAACAUAUAUUAACAGA